AUGAAGCGGUGGCAAUGGGUGACCGUAUGGGUGUGGAUAUGGAUGGCUGGGUUGGGGACUGUAGAAACAGCACCCAGAAGAGAUGGGACCCAACCCUUGGCACCAGGAGCCAGCUCCCAGCUCUUCAUAGACGAGCCUAAUUUUUUUGAUUAUCCAGACUCAGACCAAGCUAGCCUUCUUGCCGUGGCCCAGUUUAUUGGAGAGAAGCCUGUGACGUUUGUUAAUACAGGUUCCAGCCCUGGGCUCUUCCAACACCUCCUGGUGGGCACAUUGGUGGUGGCUUUCUUCCUCCUGCUUUUCCAGAUCUGCAUGCACGUGAGCUUCCAGAAAGGAGCCUAGUGAUCAGAGCAACAGUAGCCCUGGACCCAGCUGUGAGCCACACACAUCCACCCAGCCUUCUGUUGAGAAAUAAAGGUGGCGCCUCCUUCCUCCCUGAC